AUGACAUCAAAGACGCCUGCGUCGACUUCGAUAAAACAAGGUAAUAAAAAAUCACGCAAACGUAUGCCUAAGGUCGAUACUAGUCAGGCUCGAUCAAAUAUUGAAGUCCUUCGAAUGUGCUUACAAGAUCUCGGCUGGAGAGAAUGUGUUUCUGGUUCUUCUACUGAUUCGGAUAUCUACUGGCAUUCGGCAACAUUUCAUGAAGGAAAUAGAAAUUAUGCUUCCACUUCAGCUAGAGUAAAUAAAUUUCCAGGUAUGAGUGAUCUAUUAUGUAAAAGUAAUUUAACACGUUCAUUGAACGCAAUGCGAAUGUUAUUUCCGGAUGAAUUUGAUUUCUAUCCGAAAACAUGGUUUCUACCUGAACAAAGACAACAAUUUCAAGAUGAUGCACGUUUGAUACAUCAAAAAGAUCGUAAACGACAUCGACCUUUAACAACUUUUAUUAUUAAACCAUCAGAUGGAUCAGAAGGCGCUGGUAUUUAUUUGAUUCAAGAUCCAACACGAUGCAAUGUCGCUAAUCGACCAUAUAUAGCUCAAGAAUAUAUUGAUCGACCACUUCUAAUCAAUGGUCUCAAGUUCGAUAUGAGAAUUUAUGUAUUGAUUUUUCAUUUGGAUCCAUUGGAAAUACUGCUCUAUGAGGAAGGGUUAGCACGCUUCGCUACUAUCGAUUAUCAAGCUCCAUCAAUUAAAAAUCUUCAUGAAACAUUUAUGCAUUUAACUAAUUAUUCAUUGAACAAACGCAGUGCCAGUUAUAAGCAUGCCUUAGAUGAGAAACAGACUGAUGCUAGCAAGCGAAAAAUGAGUCUUGUCUGGUCACAGUUGGGUCAUUUAUUCAGUCCAAAUGAAAUCGAUCAAGCCAAAGAGAUGAUCAAAGAAAUGAUUAAUAAGACUGUCUUAGCCAUCUUACCUGAACUUCGUAUUCAAUAUGCCUCCGAGUUGCCAAUGAAUCGAGAACAAAAUCGAUGCUUUCAGAUUAUUGGUUUCGAUAUUCUUCUCACUGAUCAACUUAAACCGAUGCUGCUGGAAGUCAAUGCUAAUCCUUCGUUACGAAUCGACUAUGAUCAUACAAAUGAAGCUGGUAAACUUGUUCACGAACCAAGUCUGAUCGAUGAAGAAAUCAAGAAACCACUCGUAUUAGAAACAUUAAAACUCGUGAUGAAAUACAAGCAACGUGGCAAUCGAUCAAAAUCAAACGAUGAAAUUGAAAAUCAAGGAGACAAAAACAUUGCUCAUCACCAUACAAAAAAGUCUAGUAAAGUCAAUAAAACUGCUGCGAAAAUACACCAUGAUCGGCAGUUGAGUCAGUCCGAUUCUGACUCAUUAGAUUCUAGUUCGGAAGACGUUCUAGACGAACUACCCGAUCGACACUCAAAUAAUUCUACUCAAUCAAUGAGUACGAUUCAAAAACGAACAUCUAUAAAAUCAACCAUCACAGGAGAAGAUUCACAACAUUCUGAUGAAGAUACAACAAAUGGAACAUUUAAUCCAGUUGUGCUCGACAACAAUUCAAAUGUGCCUAUACCAGAUGAAUCGAUGGCUAUAACAAACAAUCAAAAUAUGACUCAACCGUUGUUAAAUCAAAUAGGUAGUUCAAUGAAAUCCUUUCAAGUUAUCUUUCCAUCAACAUCUGAAAUAAGAUAUGAAGAUAUGUUUCUUCUGGAAAAAAUUGCUUUUAUCUACAUUGAAUUAGUGUUCAAACAUGGAUUUAAAGCAAUGACGAAUAGACCAUUUCGUAAUUUUGCCAUUGCAUGUGGUAUUAUUGAUCAAUCAACAAUUAUGUCAUCCAUCGAUAUACUUUACACUCAAAUCUUCUACAAAUGUAAAGAAUUCUCCUCACAAUCUCCAGCAAUUGGUCUUCAAUUUCCAGCAUUUAUUGAAGCUUUUUAUCUACUAUCUCAACGUAAAUAUCCAACUUCUACUCUUCUCGAUAGUGUUACUGAAUUGGUCAAGUCCUGUAUUCAACAUUUAGAUAUCUAUGUUGAAGAGUCAGUCUAA